CACAAACCAACAUACUUUCGAAGUAGCGCCUGCGUUUACCCUUUGUGAAAGUUAUGUCAUUCAACACGCAUUAAACAUUUUCGGGUAUAAAGAUGGCGAUGGUAUUUUUACGCCAGGCGGAAGUCUAUCAAACAUGUAUGGAAUGGUAAUGUCUAGAUUCCAAAAGUAUCCGGAGGUAAAAAGUCAAGGUUUAUGCGGUUUACCGCCAUUAGUAUGUUUUACUUCCGAUCAGGCGCAUUAUUCCAUUCAAAAAGGUAUGCACUGGUUGGGUUUCGGUAUUGAUAACCUCAUCAAAGUAAAAUCUGAUGAUUUGGGUAGAAUGAUACCAGAAGAAUUGGAAUUAUCAGUGGAAAAGUGUAUAAAAAGUGGUAAAGUACCGUUAUUUGUGAAUGCAACAGUUGGUACCACUGUUUUGGGCGCCAUUGAUCCCCUAAAUGAAAUCUCUGGUAUUUGUAAGAAGUAUAAUAUAUGGAUGCAUGUUGAUGGAUGUUUUGGUGGGACACUCAUACUAUCAAAAACACACCGGCAAAAAUUAUCCGGUGUUGAAUUGAGCGAUAGCAUUGCUUGGAACCCGCAUAAAAUGCUGGGAGCACCGUUACAAUGCUCAUUAUUCCUCACACGUCAUAAAAAUUUAAUGCAUGAGUGUAACUCAGCUGCUGCUAGUUAUUUAUUCCAACAAGACAAACAUUACGACGUGCGUUAUGACACAGGCGACAAAAGUAUUCAAUGCGGUCGAAAAGUCGACGCGUUUAAACUCUGGGUCAUGUGGAAAGCACGUGGAGAUGAUGGUUUUUCAUCUUAUAUAGAUAAUGUCAUAGAAAGUGCUCGAUAUUUUUAUGAAAAAAUCAAAUCCACGCCUGGUUUUCGUCUUGUAAUCCCCGAAAUUGAAACGGCAUGCAUCUGUUUCUGGUACAUACCAACCAAAAUGCGUAAUCAGGCUGAAACUGAUUCAUGGUGGUCAGAUUUGUAUAAAAUCGCGCCUAAAAUCAAAGAAAAAAUGGUGCGUGAAGGCACAUUGAUGAUUGGCUACCAACCAGUGAAGAACCACGGUAAUUUCUUCCGGUUUGUAAUCACAUGUCAUCCGCAAACCACUCCAGAAGACAUGGAGUAUGUUAUCAAAAAAAUCAUCGAGUAUGGAGAACAAGUAUAGAUUUAGUACAAUUUUUAGUAAAUAGAUGGCGCUGCGAUGCGGAAUAAAAUGAAUAUUUACCUUUUA